AUGUCGCUCUACUACCGCACCAUCCUGCUGGACUCCUCCUGGUGGCCCUUGACCGAGUUCGGCAUCAAUGUGGCCCUCUUCUUCCUCUACAUGGCUGCUGCCAUCGUGUACGUGAAUGACACCAACCGUGGGGGGCUCUGCUACUACCCGCUCUUCAAGACGCCCAUCAACGCGUCCUUCUGCCGCGUGGAAGGCGGCCAGACAGCCGCGAUCAUCUUCCUGUUCGUCGCUGUUGUGGUCUACCUGAUCAGCGCCGUGGUUGCCCUGAAGCUCUGGCGGCACGAGGCGGCCCGCAGGCACAGAGAGUUAAUGGAGCGAGAGAUGAAAACACAGUCAUCUUCGGCAGAACAGAAAUAUGACAGUGUUGACAGACCAAGAGAAGAGACCACUUACAGGCAGCUCAAAUCAGUGGAAGUGAAGCCUGAACAACUGAAUGGUCAUAUACCUGCAGGCCACAUUCCUAAACCUAUAGUGAUGCCAGACUACUUAGCGAAAUACCCAGCAAUUCAAACAAAUGAGAUGCGAGACCGAUACAAAGCAGUAUUCAAUGAUCAGUUUGCUGAAUAUAAAGAACUGUCAGGGGAAGUUCAUGCUGUUUUAAAGAAGUUUGAUGAACUGGAUGCAUUGUUGAGAAAACUGCCUCAUAGUCCUGGCAACUUACAUGAACAGGAAAGGAUAUCAAGAGUUUUGCAGGAAUACAAGAAGAAAAAAAAUGAUCCUGCGUUUCUGGAGAAAAAGGAGCGUUGUGAAUAUCUGAAGAAUAAGCUUUCUCACAUAAAACAACGAAUUCAGGACUAUGAUAAAAUUAUGAAUUGGAAUGUGCAAGUUUAGCAUUUCCUUGACUACGGGGAUAUUGUUUUAUAUUUUUUUAAAUA